UCCACACUUCAGCUGGGUUUCUUUAGAAAGUUUAAAAGUUUGGCAAUGGAUGAGUUUCUAAAGUCUCUCUUUCUAAUAAAUACAUUAAAAUCUUUUUUCUUGAGUUAAUGCCACUGCGGAAACAAACACCAAUGGAAAUGAGGCGAAAUGGAGAACUUGCUAAUUAGAUCACAAAACAUGUUUUUUAUUUUCUUAAUUUAUUUACUUAUUUAUUCUGGUAUACAUUUUUAUUUAUUCAUUUUUGUUCUUAUUUUUUCUCAUUCUCUUUCCCACUUCUGCCCCCCAAAUCUGUGAGCCUACAGUAAGCAAAACAAGAAAUAUUAGAGAAAAAGAAAAUAAUAACACUGCAAACAGAAAAAUAACAGUAAGGAUGACAAGAAAAAACAGGAUCCUAACCCAAAUAUGUUAAACAAUAACAGUUUUUUAUGUUGUUGGGUUUCUCUUAUUGUUAAGUAUAUCCAUUUUAAUAUGUACCUGUUUUUUGUUUGUUUAAUUUAUUUGUUGUUGUUGUUCGUUCUUUUGUCUAAUCAGUUAUUUGUUAUUUUCUAGAUCUAUACAUUUGUUUGUUAGUCUGUAAUGUUUGUUCUGUACGCAUUAAUUGAUGAAUAAAUGAAAAAGAAAAUAAUCUAUAUUUAGUUUUCAAAUCUGUGUAAUAUAUAUUUAGUAUCCCGAUCCACACUCCACUAAACGUUCUGGCCAACCGCAAUAAAAAAGAAGAAAAUGUUGUAUCGCAUUUUAGAUGGUUUGUCCCUCGGUUGACUCCGUAGCGGCUACAAAACAAAGACGUUAACAAAGGCAGAUUCUGCUUUAAUAAUGAAAUGUCUGUCCUGCGCAGAGCCAUAACAUGGGAGAUUUCUGAAUCGGAGGACAGCGAUCACGACCUGAAAUCAGAAUUUAACUGCGAUGUAAUCUGUCAAAAAGAAACAGCAGACAGCAGAGGAGAACCGGAGGCUCUCAGCUUACAGGAAAAACCCACAAAUCUGCCGUCUUCACCGGCUAAAAGUGACUCCAGAGUCGCUCUAUCUGCUCCGGAGGCAUGCGGCGGCACCCCGGGUCCGGCACGCAAACGCCGCAGCAGGGAGGAGAUUGAGGCGACCAGGCUGAAAGCCAAGGAGGAGAGGGAGGAGAGGGAGCGGCAGAGAGCCGCCAGAGCCCGGGAGAAGGAGGAGAGGAAGCGGGAGCAGCAGCGGAGGAGAGAGGCGGCGGAGACCCUUAACAGCCUCCGGCCAGAGAACUGCAUCAAGAGCCUGACCGUCUGUAUAGAACCAGCCCUUCUCCAACAUGACGGCUCAGACAUUUUGCUGGACACCCUGGCCAUGUUGGAGUGGAGGUUCACUGUUGAGAGCCAGCGUUUGUCUCGCAGCAUCACCUGGACCAGAGAUCUGCCUCAGCAGGUAGAAGACGGUCAGGCCCGAGUGGAGGAGGAGGAGCAGAUGGUUCUGGUCUUGACUCUUGCUGACUUUGUGGACGUUGUGAUCUCCGUUAAAGAAAUGGUGGACAGCGAUGGGGAGGAGACGGGGACGGUCCUCAGUCCUCUCUUGGAGCGUCUCAACUGGAAUAAGGUGGUCACCAUGUUGGUGACGGACUUUGAGUCGGAUCACUGGAUGAAGGAAUAUUUUCCAGAACAGAUGCUGCGGACUAAACUGGGGAUGAAGGAUCAGGAUGUGGAGGAGGUUCUUGUUUACCUUCAGCUCUAUAAAAACAUCUCUGUGGUUUUCCUGGAGAGCUGGCAGGACAUCACCAACCAUGUGUGCGCCGUCACCAAGGCUUUAUCAAAACGCCCCUUUAAACUCCUGACAGAGCGGACCGAGCUGCCGUUCUGCGUGGUCGGUUCGUGGGCCAGCGGGGCCCGGGUUGGGCGGGACGGUUCGGGUCUGAGGGACGUCUGGGUCCGGCAGAUCCAGCAGCUGAACAGGGUGAGCCCGGCGGUGGCCGCCGCUGUGGCCGAGGCCUUCCCGUCUCCGCGGAUCCUGUUGCAGGCUUACCAGAACUCUGGUUCUGAGGCGGAGAAGAAGGGCAUGCUGGCUGGGCUCUCGGUGAAAACAGAAGGGAAAGAAAGAAGAGUUGGACCGGAUAUUUCAGCCAGAAUGUACCGCAGCCUCACCGCGGAAAACCCUCAGCUGGUUCUGGACUGAUCGGCCCAAUCUGGAACCUAUGGAGAACCUUUUCUGGAAAAGAAAAUCUACCUCUCUGGUUUAAUGUUACAAUGUGUGACAGAGUAUUAGGGCCAUUGUACAUAGAAAAAAGGAGGAGUAAAUUUCCAGCAAAAAAAAAAUCCAGGAAAUUUCUGAGUUUGAAAAGUUGAAAAUUAAAUUUUGAGAUUGAUCUUAGAAAAGUAAUCUUUAUAUUAAAAAGAUCUUAUCUUAAUCUCAAAAUUUUCUAGAAAUGAAAACUGGGAAAUGUUUGAGUUUUAAAAGUCAAAAAGCUUUUCUAAAAAUUCUUAGAUAAAUCUCAAAAUUUCUGAAUUUUUUUCCUAACGCAUUUUUGACCUUUCUACCUACAAUGGCCUUAAGACACAGUUGUAGAAAUGUAACACUAAUUAUGUAUGUAAAUAAACAAAUAAGGUCUAUUUUAAUGAGGAAUGAAAAUGAGCUGGUUUUCCAAACACAGGCACCUCCAUAUGACUUAAAUUUACAUGGAAAUUAUUUUAAUAAAAGGGGCUAAAACAGACAUCUUUGGCUUGGAUUUAGACCUUUUAUAAAGUUCACACUUAAAGAUAAGGAAAAAAAGGUUAAAAGUAUACAAUGAUUUUUAUUUCCUUGGACUUUUUCACCUGUUUUUGUGAUAAACCAAAACAAAGUAGUAACUAACUUUAUUAUUUUUCUGCUAAUAAACUGCCUAAAUUAGUCCGUUUGUGUGUUUUACCACCUAAUAUUUGCAACAUUUAUUAUAUUUCCAGCUGCUGCUGUUCUCGUACGGAGCCCUGCAGGGGACAUGGAGAAUUUUUUUUCUUUUGCGUUCCCUCGCAAUAAUUACUGAUCAGUUAUGCAGCAUAAUUGAACACUGUACGCCUUUCUUACGGUGGCCGCCGUACUUUCUACCUUAAUACAAGGUUAUGGUUUUUCCAUGUAUCUCCUUGUGAAAUAUCUGAAGUUUUAUAUAUUUUUUUAGGAUAGAAAGCAGAAAUCCUGUAGUGCCUUUAUGAAUUGGUUUAUCCUGUUUUAAAUUAUUACAACUUGAAAUAUGGUAAUUAGAUUUUCUACGUCUUGCACAACUUCUGAUUACAUUUUAACUUGUACAUUAUCUCUGUUUGUGGUCUAAGGUUUGCUGCUUAAUAAUUGUCUGAAUUUACUUGUUUUUGUGUUAAUAACAUUUGGAUAAAGGGCUGUUAUGUAGCUAAAUGAAAUCCUCAGAAAUUCACACAGAUGAACUGGAAAUGUUUGUUUUAAUGGAGUUUUCAGUGUAAAAUGAACAAUCAGACAUAUAAUUGCAAAUAUUCAAAAAUGUAAUCAGAACCUCUCACUGUCUGAUUUUUUUAGGGGUUUUUUGUACAGAAAGAGCAGACAAUGAACUCUUGUGCGUAUUGUUUUUGUUGGGUCUAACGGUGAUUUGACUGGGCCACCCUGAACCCUUUCCCCAGGAACUUAAUUUCCCAGAAGCUUUUAUAUUGCUUUGGCAUUAUGAUGGCUGCUGCUGUGUUGCUGCUUUGGAAACUUGGCAAUUACAGCAACCUCUGAGACACUGGAUGGCCCACUGGCAGCACUGGACACGUUUUUACUCCCACAGAGUCGAAAUAAAUAGUGAAACCAUAAAACCAUCAUGUUUUUAAAUAGCAGUGAUGGUUUAAGACUUAAGUAAAGUAGGGGAAAGGAAUGUAUUUUGACUAAAUUGCACCAACUGUAACUUUCUGUUUGGGUGAAAAUGAGAGUAAACAGUUUCUGUCAGUGA